AUGGUUGGCAAGGCCCAGUUGGCAGCACAGUUGUGCAGCCUGACCCUGAAGAAGUUGCUGGUUUUCAAGGAGCUGGAGAAGGAGCUCAUCUCUGUGGUGAUUGCUGUCAAGAUGCAGGGCUCCAAACGGGUUCUGCGCUCCCAUGAGAUUGUGCUGCCCCCCAGUGGACAUGUGGAGACCGACCUGGCGCUGACCUUCUCACUGCAGUACCCUCACUUCCUGAAGAGAGAAGGUAACAAACUUCAGAUUAUGCUGCAGCGGAGGAAGCGCUACAAGAACCGCACCAUCCUGGGCUACAAGACGCUGGCUGUGGGCUCCAUCAACAUGGCCGAGGUGAUGCAGCACCCGUCGGAGGGCGGACAGGUGUUGGACCUAUGCAGCAAUAUUAAAGAGGCCGCCGUGAAGGUGGCUGAGAUCUGGAUCAUCUCCCUGUCCAGCCAGCCUGUGGACCACGAGGACAGUGCCAUGCAGGCUGGCCCUAAGACCAAGUCCACAGACAACUACUCUGAGGAAGAGUCCGAGAGUUUCUCCUCCGAGCAGGAGGCCAGCGACGAUGCUGUCCAGGGGCAGGAUCUGGAUGAGGAUGACUUCGAUGUGGGGAAACCCAAGAAGCAACGGCGAUCGAUACAACAGAACUUCAAGCAGAAGGUUGUGGCCCUGCUGCGGAGGUUUAAAGUGUCGGAUGAGGUGCUGGACUCGGAGCAGGACCCAGCCGAGCACAUCCCUGAAGUGGAGGAGGACCUGGACCUCCUGUAUGACACGUUGGACAUGGAGAACCCCAGCGACAGUGGCCCCGACAUGGAGGACGACGACAGCGUCCUCAGCACCCCAAAGCCGAAGCUCAGGCCGUACUUUGAGGGUCUGUCACACUCCAGCUCACAGACGGAGAUUGGCAGCACCUACAGUGCCCGGAGUCAGAGAGGACCGCCCAGCCCCGCCGAGGCCCCCGAGAAGACGAGGCCCCUGGGCAGCAGCCGGCAGUCAAGUGAGAGUGUCCCCGACAUGGCAGUUCAUAGCACACCAGUCCGGGAACAGCCCGGGCCACCUGAGGACAGCCCAGAAGCAGGAGUGCCCAUUGUGGACAUGUUCACUGAGAGACUGCCGCCCAGCGGAAAGAUCACCAAAACAGAGUCGCUCAUCAUUGCCUCCACCAGGUCUGAGGGGAAGCAGGCUGGCCGCCGGGGCCGAAGCACAUCCCUGAAGGAACGGCAGCCGGUCAGGCCACAAAAUGAGCGGGCCAAUAGCCUAGACAAUGAGCGCUGCCCAGACACCCGGAGUCAGCUGCAGAUCCCCAGGAAAACUGUGUACGACCAGCUCAACCACAUCCUCAUCUCCGAUGAUCGGCUCCCAGAAAACAUCAUCCUGGUCAACACCUCCGAUUGGCAGGGCCAGUUCCUCUCCGACGUGCUGCAGCGGCAUGCGCUGCCCGUGGUGUGCACUUGCUCCUCGGCGGACGUCCAGGCCGCCUUCAGUACCAUCGUCUCUCGGAUACAGAGAUACUGCAAUUGCAAUUCCCAGCCCCCGCCCCCAGUGAAGAUUGCAGUGGCCGGAGCGCAGCAUUACCUCAGCGCUGUCCUGCGGCUCUUUGUGGAACAGCUGACCCACAAGACCCCUGACUGGCUCAGCUACAUGCGCUUCCUUGUCAUCCCACUGGGUUCGCACCCUGUGGCCCGGUACCUGGGCUCUGUGGAUUAUCGUUACAACAACUUCUUCCAGGACCUGGCCUGGAGAGACCUGUUCAACAAGCUGGAAUCCCAGAGUGCAGUGCAGGAAACCCCGGACAUCGUGUCCCGCAUCACGCAGUACAUUGCGGGGGCUAACUGUGCCCACCAGCUGCCCAUUGCAGAGGCCAUGCUGACCUACAAGCAGAAGAGCCCUGAUGAAGAGUCCUCUCAGAAGUUCAUCCCCUUUGUUGGGGUUGUGAAAGUCGGCAUAGUGGAACCGUCCUCUGCCACAUCAGGUGACUCUGAUGAUGCAGCUCCCUCCAGUUCCAGUGUGCUCUCCUCUACCCCACCGUCCAUGUCCCCGGCUGCCAAGGAGGCCUCGCCCACCCCGCCCUCAUCCCCAUCUGUUAGCGGCAGCCUGUCUUCCCCUAGCCAAGGGAUCGGUGCCGAGCUGAUGGGGCUGCAGGUGGAUUACUGGACAGCCGCGCAGCCUGCCGAGAAAAAGAGAGACGCUGAGAAAAAGGACCUGCCCACCGCCAAAAACACGCUCAAGUGCACUUUCCGGUCCCUGCAAGUCAGCAGGCUGCCCAGCAGCGGCGAGGCCUCAGCCACGCCUACCAUGUCCAUGACUGUGGUCACCAAGGAGAAGAACAAGAAGGUGAUGUUCUUGCCCAAGAAAACCAAGGACAAGGACGUGGAGUCCAAAAGCCAGUGCAUCGAGGGCAUCAGCCGCCUGAUCUGCACCGCCAAGCACCAACAGACUAUGCUUCGGGUUCUCAUCGAUGGAGUGGAGUGGAAUGACGUCAAGUUCUUUCAGCUGGCUGCCCAGUGGUCAUCCCAUGUCAAGCACUUCCCCAUCUGCAUCUUUGGACACUCCAAGGCCACCUUCUAG